GAACGUUGCUGUGGUAGCGCUCGGGCGCCAUGUUGGGACGAAGGGGAAGGAGGAGAAGCGCUUAAAGCGGCGGGAGCGGGUGCGGGAGUGGGGUUGGACCCAGGGCUGAGCCAGGCCCCCCCCCUCCCUCCCGCCUCAGUGGAUCAUGCCCAGGGCGGCAGUGGCGGCGGUUGCGGGGGGGAAGUGACUGGGCGGUGCCGGCGCCGGAGACGAUGCCGUUUCCAGUUACAACGCAGGGAUCACAGCAAACACAGACAUCACAGAAGCACUAUGGCAUUACUUCUCCUAUCAGCUUAGCAGCCCCCAAGGAGACUGACUGCAUACUUACACAGAAACUGAUUGAGACAUUGAAGCCCUUUGGGGUAUUUGAAGAAGAAGAGGAGCUACAGCGCAGGAUUUUAAUUUUGGGAAAAUUAAAUAACCUAGUAAAAGAGUGGAUACGAGAAAUCAGUGAAAGCAAGAAUCUUCCACAAUCUGUAAUUGAAAAUGUUGGAGGAAAAAUCUUUACAUUUGGGUCUUACAGAUUAGGGGUGCACACAAAAGGUGCUGAUAUUGAUGCAUUGUGUGUUGCACCAAGACAUGUUGAUCGAAGUGACUUUUUCACCUCAUUCUAUGAUAAGUUGAAGUUACAGGAAGAAGUGAAAGAUUUAAGAGCCGUUGAAGAGGCAUUUGUACCAGUUAUCAAACUCUGUUUUGAUGGCAUAGAGAUUGACAUUUUGUUUGCAAGAUUAGCACUGCAGACUAUUCCAGAAGACUUGGACCUACGAGAUGACAGUCUGCUUAAAAAUUUAGAUAUAAGAUGUAUAAGAAGUCUUAAUGGUUGCAGGGUAACCGAUGAAAUUUUACAUCUAGUACCAAAUAUUGACAACUUCAGGUUAACUCUGAGAGCUAUCAAACUGUGGGCCAAACGGCACAACAUCUAUUCCAAUAUAUUAGGUUUCCUCGGUGGUGUUUCCUGGGCUAUGCUAGUAGCAAGAACUUGCCAGCUUUAUCCAAAUGCAAUAGCAUCAACUCUUGUACAUAAAUUUUUCUUGGUAUUUUCUAAAUGGGAAUGGCCAAAUCCAGUGCUAUUGAAACAGCCUGAAGAAUGCAAUCUUAAUUUGCCUGUAUGGGACCCAAGGGUAAACCCCAGUGAUAGGUACCAUCUUAUGCCUAUAAUUACACCAGCAUACCCACAACAGAACUCCACGUACAAUGUGUCCGUUUCAACACGGAUGGUCAUGGUUGAGGAGUUUAAACAAGGUCUUGCUAUCACAGAUGAAAUUUUGCUGAGUAAGGCAGAGUGGUCCAAGCUUUUUGAAGCUCCAAACUUCUUUCAAAAGUACAAGCAUUAUAUUGUACUUCUAGCAAGUGCACCAACGGAAAAACAACGCCUAGAAUGGGUGGGCUUGGUUGAAUCAAAAAUCCGAAUCCUGGUUGGAAGCUUGGAGAAGAAUGAAUUUAUUACACUGGCUCAUGUGAAUCCCCAAUCAUUUCCAGCACCCAAAGAAAAUCCUGACAAGGAAGAAUUUCGCACUAUGUGGGUGAUUGGAUUGGUGUUUAAAAAAACUGAGAACUCUGAAAAUCUCAGUGUUGAUCUCACUUAUGAUAUUCAGUCUUUCACAGAUACAGUUUAUAGGCAAGCAAUAAACAGCAAGAUGUUUGAGGUGGAUAUGAAAAUUGCUGCAAUGCAUGUAAAAAGAAAGCAACUCCAUCAGCUACUACCUAAUCAUGUGCUGCAGAAAAAGAAAAAGCAUUCAACAGAAGGAGUCAAGUUAGCAGCUCUGAAUGACAGCAGCCUUGAUUUGUCUAUGGACAGUGAUAACAGCAUGUCUGUGCCUUCACCUACUAGUGCUAUGAAGACCAGUCCAUUGAACAGUUCUGGCAGCUCUCAGGGCAGAAACAGUCCUGCUCCAGCUGUGACGGCAGCAUCUGUGACCAACAUACAGGCUACUGAAGUUUCUGUGCCACAAGUAAAUUCCAGUGAAAGCUCAGGGGGUACAUCGAGUGAAAGCAUUCCUCAAACUGCCACACAACCAGCCAUUUCUCCACCACCAAAGCCUACGGUCUCCAGAGUUGUUUCCUCAACACGCCUGGUAAACCCACCACCUAGACCUUCAGGAAAUGCAGCAACAAAAAUAUCUAAUCCCAUAGUAGGAUUCAAGAGAACGUCCUCACCUCACAAAGAAGAAAGUCCCAAGAAAACCAAACUAGAAGAGGAUGAAACAAGUGAAGAUGCUAACUGUCCUGCUUUGAGUGGACAUGAUAAAACAGAAACAAAGGAACAACUUGAUACAGAGACAAGUACAACUCAACCAGAAGCUAUUCAGACAGCAGCUUCUCUGCUGGCCUCUCAGAAAACAUCCAGUACAGACCUUUCUGAUAUCCCUGCUCUCCCUGCAAAUCCUAUUCCUGUUAUCAAGAAUUCAAUAAAACUGAGACUGAAUCGGUAAAACAACCUCAGGGGUCCAUAAACAGUAUCUGCCAGCUCUCAACCUGUUGUCUUCAAUGCUAAACAAGGAGAAUGGAAGGUGCAAGCAAGACUAGACAUGGCUGACAGUGGAUUUAGUUUUUUGGUGACCUCCCUUACUGGGCUAAUCAGCACUUGAUCGGAAGUCCAGGUUAGUAUGUGAAGCCAGGAGUACUAUUAUUAUUGUGUUAGCAACAGUUGCAUCACUAUUUCAAGAAAAUUUACUGCCUUUAAAAAAGAAAAAAAAAACACCUCAAGCUAUAUUUGUAUCCAUAGUUGACAUCUGUAUUGGGUAUAUGUUUGAUGCAUUAUUUGGAAAAUUUGCAAUACAAACUGGCAUAAGAGUUCCUUAUUCUAAUGAUGCACUUUUAUGUAUUUUUUAUUAGAAAGUAGGACUAAUUUUAGAUUUUCAGCUUGAUGGAUUUUAAUUUUUUUCCCAAAGAAUUUUCUUUACAAUUAGUCUUCAAAUUGGACCUUACUGUACAGUGGUGUCCUAUUACACCUCCAAGAAGGGACAGAAUACAUCUAAUUCAGUCACAAUGAGGUAGCUGUAACCCUUCAACUGAAAUGCCAAUUCUAGGGGACACAUUUGACAUUAAAAGAACAACCUGGAAAUACUUGGUUUUAAUGGGGUUAUGAUUCAGAAAUGAUAUGGUUUUAUUUAUAGAGUCGUUUUUAUAGUGCAUACAAAUCAGCGAUAAAUCAGCAAAUAUAUAUAUUUUUUCCUGGAAGCAAAUACAUUUUUUCAGUUUACUGAAGCUCCAUAUUCUUUUGACUUCAAUGUGUUAUCUUCAAAACAAAUAAGUUUUUGAGCCUGUCCCUCCUUCCUUUUGUUUUACUUUUUUUUUUUUUUUUUUUGGUAUGCACAAGGUAGGACUUACUUCACAAAAACCAAAAUGCCAGUAUUUUCUUAAGCCAUGAUGUGAAACAGAUGUCCUGUUGCUACAUGGCACAGAACACGAAAUUGUGAUCCCUUGGUUGAAUCUUGUAGGAUGACUGAAAGUAAUGUCCAUCAAACAUGGUAUAUCUUGAAUGGCCAUUUGAGCUCUAAAGAGGAAUUUUGUACACUCCAUAGAACUACUAUUCCUGUCUUACAGAAAUUUAUUUUCCAUUUUAAACAUGAGUAAAAAACAUUUUCUCUAAGAUUUUUAAACCAAUUUUCAUUUUUAACUGGUUUAUCAAAAUUUGUCGGUAAACUUCACGUACAAAAACAUUCUAAGCAUCAUUUCUAGCAAGCACUUGACAUCUAGUUAGCUCUCUACUCCUUUUUAGUUUGUUUUGUUCUACCAGAUUAGUAACUUAAAAAAAUAAUUUAUCUUAAUUAAACAGCAGAAUUCUGAUCCAUCUUUAUGAAGUAUGAGGGAUGCCAGAUAUAGACAAACCUGGAUGAAGCAAACCUAUCAGAGUUUUCUGAUGAGCAUGUUUUGUGAAUCCUCCAUUGUGCUCCAUUCUCUUACAUGUGCAUUUUCCAUGUUCACCUGCAAUUGCUUAAUCUCUUCCCCUACCCUUCUAAAUUAAUUUUCCAAAGUUGGAGUGUAGUCCUUUCCCCCUUAGGCUAUGCAUUAAUUGAGGCUUUCUUUUCACCAUGACUUUAUAAUGUCUAGUAUGCGAUAUUUCUACUUCCCACAUCUUUGCUCUGCACAGUCACCUUUCCUUUCCUUUCACCACCUAAGAAAAAAGACGGUCAGCUAACAAGCGAACUGUAAAGGUGUCUGUGUUUGUGUAGCUUCAAAGUUAGAUUGACAUUGCCAGGCACAGAUUUAGUCUUGUCAUUUUGUUUACACAUUGGGGAGAAAAAAAAUUCAGUUUAUUAAGCGUUUCAUGUAACUGCAUCCAAGUUUUGCCAGGCCAGAAACUUGGACCUUUUCUGUGUAGUGACUUUUUAAUUCUAGUUUUCAUAACUUGGAGAUCAGACUGUUGCUUUCGCAUGAUGUACGUAGUGUCUCAUGACUGAAGUUUGCUUUGUUUUAUAGUAUCUGUACUCCUUGUAUUUUUCAAGAGCUAUUUUGUAAACAGAUGAUGUAUUUCUCCAUUGAAAACACAAUAAAAAAAAACAGCACAAUCUCA